AUGGCCGAGGAGGUGGCGGCGGAGACCCCCGCGGGCUGCCCGUCGCAGGGCGCCCCCCGCCCGCCCUCCUGCCGCCGCCGCCGCCUGCGCGCCGUGGAGCCGGUGCUGCUGCUGGCCACGCUGGCCCUGGCCCUGCAGGCGCCGCUCAGCACGCAGCUGCUCUGGGACCGGCUGGCCGGAGGGAACGGCUCCCGCCCCGCAGCAGAGCCCGCCGGCGGCGGCGGCGGCUGCCCCAACCACACCGGCACCGGCGCCGGCUCCCAGGAGCUGGAGACUCUGGUGGCCCACUGGAACCUCUACCUCAACCUGGCCGGCUUCUUUGUGGGGCUCUUCUCGGUGACCCUCUUUGGCCCUUGGAGUGACAGCGUGGGGCGCCGGCCGGUGCUGAUCCUGCCCACGCUGGGCAUGGCCCUGCAGGCCGCCAUCUACCUGGUGGUCAUGUACGCUGAGCUGCCCGUGGGGUACCUCUUGGUGGGCCGGGUGCUGAGCGGCCUCUCCGGCGACUACAACCUGGUCCUCGCCGGCUGCUUUGCCUACGUGGCCGACGUCAGUGACCGGAAGGGACGCACGUUCCGCGUGGCUGUCCUGGAGGCCUGCCUGGGCCUGGCGGGCAUGGUGGCCAGCGUGCUGGGCGGGCAGUGGCGCAGGGCGCAGGGCUACGUGGCACCCUUCUGGCUGGUCUUCGCGGCCAGCCUCGCCGCAGCCCUCUAUGCGGCCUUUGCCUUGCAGGAGUCGGUGGCGCCCAGGCAGCCGCGGCGGCGGCUUCUCACGCUGCACCAUUACGGGGCUGUGUACCGGCUGUACGCUGGCCCUGCCCGGGGCCUGGCGUGGCGCCAGCGGCUCCUCUACUCGCUGGCCUUCUUCGUGGUGGUGACGGUGCACUUUGGGGCCCGGGAGAUCCUGGUGCUGUACGAACUGGGCCCCCCGCUCUGCUGGCGGUCAGAGCUGAUUGGCUACGGCUCGGCCGCCCACUACCUGACCUACCUGAGCAGCCUGGUGGGGCUGCGGCUGCUGCAGAGGUGCCUGCCGGACGCCUGGGUGGCCGAGCUGGGCCUUCUCUCCAACGCCCUGGGCCUGGGGACCAUAGCGCUGGCCGGGACCACGGCCCUGAUGUUCACAGUUUUUGGUCCCCCUUUCCUCUCCAUGACGGUGACGCCUGUGAUCCGCUCCAAGCUGUCCAGGCUGGUUGGCGAGACAGAGCAAGGGGCCCUCUUUGCCGCCGUGGCCUGCGUGGAGGGGCUGUGCUCCCUGGUGGCCACGGGGGUCUUCAGCUCCCUCUUCCCAGCCUGCCUCUCCUUCAUGAAGGGCUUCCCCUUCCUCUUCGGAGCCCUCCUCCUCCUCGUGCCAGCUGCCAUCAUCGGGGGGAUAGAGAUCCAGGACGGCAGCCCCGGAUACCAGCGCUUCGGUGAGGCUCCUGAGCCAGGGCAGGAAGCCCAGCCGGCCCCCCAACACGACUGAAGCCGUUGAGCCUCCUGGGCACCCAGGAUCCGCCUUCUCCGGGCGGGGACCGAUCGAUCGCGACCGCCUGGAACCACGACGGAUCAGGGGUUCAGGCCGUGGGACUGUGUGAACGCCCAGGGGGGCUUUCCUGGGUCUAAACCGGGGGGUCCUCAGCUUUGGGCCCUUGAAGGCUUGUGGAGUCCAACUCCCAGAAUUCCCCAGCCAACGGUGUCACCCUGGGAGUUGAAGUCC